AUUUUUUAAAAAUGUAGACUUUUAAAUUGUUUAUUAAUUUAUAUUUGACUUAGCCAACAGAGUUGCAAUGAUUUGGUAUUAUUAGUUUUGUCUAGAUUAUUUUUUAUUUUUAAAAUUUACAACACAUUCACCAUUUUCAAAUGUGACGUUUUGUUCUAUUUAACAAACUGAUGGACAUUAAUUCACGACCAAUAACUCAGGAUCCUAGUUUAAAAUUAAAGUUUCUAAAGCCAGACCCCGAAAAAUGCAUGGACAGAGUUCCAACUCUUACAAAGGUCGACGGACUGGAGAAUGUGGAAUUGGACAUUUUGAACGGCUGGUGUUCGAAGUUUUGGAAGAAGAUUCGUUACUCUGGAUUCUUUCUAGAUGAAAAUCUUACCAAGGAUUUAACCAAUUACUUGGAAUUGAACUCCACAAUAGCCAUUGAUUUAGAUAAGGCUGAUUCGUAUUUAGCAGUUCAAAAAUUAUUAUACAACGGUCUGAGAUUAGAGUUAGAGAAUUCAGCAGAAAGUGCCCGAAGAGAUAACUCAUUAGACAGUGUCGGAACUGAGAAUGGGUCGGCUAAUUCUGUUUCCCAGUGUAAACUGUUUCACAAGUACUAUUAUUCGUGCAGAGAGAACCCAGUGGCCUUGAACAACCUAGUGGUGUUAUCAAACGUAAUUUGGUCCUUGAAAAAAUAUAAGCGUGAUGAGUUUGCUCUUACGUGUUUAAUAGAUAUAUUGUUGCAGUCAUACAUGGUAGCCUUAGAUUCCUUUAUAUCCCUAGGCGGAGUUGAUGUGAUCCGUGAGAACUUUGAGUUUCUGGCCCUCAACGGCCGACUGAAAAAGAGCUCCAAUUACCUCCUAAAAUGCAUGGAACUGUUGGACAAAUUGGAUAUAAACUUCAAGAUACUUCAGACUUCAAAGAUCGGAAUUCCAGUUAACUGCAUAGCACUGGGAAGAGCGCCUCCCAGGCUCAGCAAGGCAGAUUACGAAUGCUCAAACGACAAGGUUAAGCUAAAGGCAACUAAUCUUAUUAAGAAGUGGAAGGCAAUUAGGGACGUAUCAGUUCCCCAGAAGGAACAGGACCACAAACCCAAAAAGCCAGUCCACUCCUUGGAAAAACAUUACUCAACUGAAUCGGCAGGUUCCCUUGAACACGAAGGCUCUUUUGUGCUGGACAUAAUCAACACAAUGGUUGAGCAAAAGGAGAAGGAAAAGAAGAGAAAACUCCAAAUUAAAAAUUCACACCUACCAAACAAAUAUAAACACAAACCCAAUGAAUCCGCAGAUAAUGGUGAGAGUAAGUCCGCUUCCUCCGUCAAGGUUCACAAGCUGGUAGACAAGGUAGAAAACGGCAAAGUCAAUGAUCCGGAAAUAAGUUCAUCAGUAAACACCAAUAAACUUGCUUCAUUGAUGAACUUCUUUAAAGAAUAUUCCAAUAAUUCUGGAAACUCAGAUAAUGCCUCGUCAUCCUCUGAUAAUACUAUUCUUCAACUGAAUCAGGAUAAUACCAAUGUUACCCAAGUAUCUACCACCGCUGUACCAGAAACAUCCACCAAACUAGUUGUAGAUACUCUUGUCACCAAACUAUCAGAUAAACCGGGUAAUGUGGAAGAUAAUAGACUGAUGAUGCCACCACCACCGCCGCCUCCUCCGCCAUUUAAUAAUCCAAAACAUACAACCGUGGGAGUGUCAUUUGAUGAUCCAAACAUUACCAACAUAAACAGAUUCACGGGAUACCCAAUGGUUGGACAGAUUCUACCGCCUGGAGUUGUACCGCCUCCACCUCCAAAACAACCUCCUCCGCAACAUUCAUAUAACACUAAACCAUACACUUCUAUAAACACUUCUUAUCCAAUGUAUAAAACUGUUAAUACUGACUACAACGCCGUCAACACUGAUUAUAAAACCGUCAACACUGAUUAUAAAACCGUCAACACUGAUUAUAAAACCGUCAAUACCGAUUAUGGAAUGUUGAAUACUGAUUAUGGCAUGGCGAAUGCGGAAUAUAAAUCAGUACAUUUUGAAUCUCAGACUAAUAGAUUCGGUACACAUAAGGGAAAUUAUACACCAGAAGUGGUUGGUCAGAGUUCAUUGAACUCAUAUGAGAGUUCAUUUGAGAGAAAUGAAACAGCAAGUGUUAAAGAACCAGCUGAUAGAAAUUUAGACUUUUAUCGCAAACCUGAAAACAACACUUCAAAUGACCGACAAGUCACUCCACCCUGGAAAUAG